AUGACGCACCAGAAUCACCAAACUAACGGCGCCAGUUUGGAAGAUUGCCACACGAACUUUUUCGCUUUGGCCGAUCUGUGCGGUAUACGAUGGCGUCAGCUGGUGCUCGGUGAGCGCCCGAACGCGUCGAGCGAUCCGCUCGACGAUCCUGUGCUGCGCUCGUACUCGAAAUGUCUCGCCGUCGAUAUCCUGUGCGUGUGGCGGCGGGUGGCCGCCCCGAAGCCAAAACCGAAGCUCGACCCGGACCCGAGCAGCAUGUUCGACAUGAGCAUCCCGGGCACCGGUAACAGUGGGUCCGUCCUGCACCCACCCCUCUCGCUGACCGCCGCCAAGGAGCUGUGGAUCUUCUGGUACGGCGAGGAACCGGACCUAACCGAACUCGUCGCUCCCGAGCUGCUCAAUUCGUCCGAAGCCGGCGACAAAGGAUCCUGGGAGAAUGGGCUGUCCUACGAGUGCCGUUCGCUGCUGUUCAAGGCGUUGCAUAAUGUGAUCGAAAGAUGCCUCCUAUCCCGGGACGUGGUGCGGCUUGGCAGGUGGUUCGUUCAGCCGAGCUCCAACAGUGAGCGAGUGUUUGGCAAAAGCUCACUGCAUCCGUCGUUUUCGUUUGCGUUCUUCGUGCACGGCGACAGUACCGUGUGUGCCUCGAUGGACAUCCGGGAGCACCCGCCGGUGCGGCCACUGAUGAUGAAGCACCUGGAGGAAGCGCAAGCGCAACAAGCAACAACAACACCACCCGGCAGUGGUGGUGCCACUUCCGGAUCGGCGGCUCCGGGAGCCACGGGCUUCAGUGCCGGCGGUGAAGCGACCCUUCCGGGACAACCGUCCUCCGGUGCUGGGGCUGUCGGAGGCGGCAACGCAAGUUCUAGUUCCGCACCACCGACCCACUCGAAGCCACGGUCCGUCAUCCUGGCACCGUUCGGGUUGGCGGCGACGCUUACCGGCCAAAGUUACAAGACGAGCGAUCCGCAGACGCAGAAAGUACUGGACGACUGGAGCGCGUUCUAUCCGAUCUCGAACAAGAGUGUCAGCCUGAGCGACAGUGCGGACUCGGUGCCACCGAUCGUGGAGAUCAUGAUCGGGGGCGUGAAGAUGCGUUACCCCUCGAAGUACGUGCUGGUGACGGACAUGGACGAUUGGUCCCAGCCGCCAUCGCCAGCAAACGAUGAUGCUGCGGUCAAUGAAUCGGCAGCUAAGGCCGCCGUCCAGGGCAACAACAAUCAAAAUACCUUCGCGGUGGCGGCGGCAUCCGUGAAAGCCGAGCUUGAGAUCAAAACCGAACGAUCAAGCGGUCCUUCGACAGUCAAUUCGACGGGCAACAAUCAAAUGGCGGCUUCGAAGGAGGUCGCGAAUCCUGGUCCUGGUACCGAUGGCAAUGCCCGGCACCAGCAUCACCACCAGCACCGGAACCACAAGUCGAUGAUGACCCCACCGCUCACGGUGCCCGAAUCGCCCUCGAACGAUCUCGGCAACCCGUACAGCAUGUCCUCGGCCCUGAUCAACAAAUCGGCCGCCGUCAUACUGCCCGAGCGUGUCUGGCAGGACUGCAUCAUGCACGCACCGGCUGGCAGCGCAGCGGCAGGCGCAACUACGACGACGACGACGACGACAGCAUCACCGUCCGCUGGUAGCAACACCGGCGCAGUAACGAUUAAAACCGAACCAAAGGACAACGGCAGCAGCAGUAGCAGCGUCGGCAGCAGCGGAAAUGCCGGCAGCAGCAACGCGUCAGGAACGGCCGGUACGGGUGGCGGAGAUGAAAACUCGUCCGGUGCCGCCAACGGAGUAGACGCGAAUGGCAACUCGUCGGUUUGGGAGAUUUGCAACCCGACGGCGAAGAUGUCCUGCAUCUGCAUCAAGUGUCGCAAGGGACCAUCGGCGGCGUCUCCGUCCUCGUCGUCGUCGUCAGCCUUCCUCUCCUCGUCCUUGGCUGGUGGACGCAGUUCUCAGCCCCAGCAGCACCAGCAGCACCAAAUGCUGACGGCGGCAAGUGGUGGCCUUGCCUUGGGUCUCUAUCCUCCGUCCAUUCCUUCCAUUCCCUCCAGUUCCCUAGUAACCGGUCAUUAUCCUCACGGUGCCGUCAAGCCACCUACCAUCACUGUCUCCUCUUUUUCGGCCAGUUCCCUUCCUGGUGGUGUUGGCGGUGGUGGCCGUGGUGAUAAGCUAUCACAUCACCAUCACCACCAUUACGGCGGGGUGGUCGUUGCCGGUGGUACUCCAAAGGACCAUCAUCACCACCACCAUCACCACCAUCAUCACCACCGGCCCCAAAGGAUCGCGUUUCAUAAGCGACCACCGCAGGAAGCCUUGUUUCGUGCCGGGUUCCCGGUGCCAAGCCUCUCUAGCGCUGCUGUUGCUGGUGCUGCUGUGGGUGCCGGGAUGAAAGCAACGGGCCUUGCGACGAACAACGCUGGUGCUGCAGUCUGCUCCGGUGACGGUGCAGCCGCCGAUCCGUUCGAACUGGCCGACUCCUGUCCAAGAUCCAACCAAAAAUGUUCAUCAAACAGUGUCGGCGGUGGCGCGACCUCUGGCAAUGCCGGCAGCACCACACCGUACGGUGGCCCACCGUCCUACUGUCGGAACCCGCUGUCGAUAGGCGACUCUCACCCACUCCCGUCGGAAGGUUCACCGGCCAGUGCGGCACCGUCACCGAUGCAACCGUCAUCCGUUUCACAGCCGACCUCGGUACCGUCGGGCGAUCAGCUGAUGACGAUGUCACCGCACCCGCCGGCCUCGAACAAUCCGCGCAGCGUACAGCCGGGUACGCCGUGUUUGGAUCAUCUGGACAAGAACACUCCGGCCCCGACGCCAACGGAUCAGCAUGAUAGCAAAAGCAUCACCGCCUCACCGUACCACACACCGUCUCAUCCGGGCGGCGGAGGAGGCCCCGGCGGUGGGACGACGGCGACGACGGGCCUUGGGUCGUCCGAUCCCACCGGCGCAUCACACCAACAGCAGCAGCAACAGCAGGCGCAGCAGCAGCAACAGCAACAGCAGAGCAGUUCCGCUGGCAACAACAACGGCAGCAGUAGCAGCAGCAGCAGCAACAGCAGUUGCAACAGCUCCGCGAGCAGCAACAACUCGCUGAACCAACUGAAAGCAUCACCCCGAAGCAGCGGCACGGUGGUGGGCGGCGGUGGCCUUAAGGUGCGAUCGGAGUCGGCCCUCGGUGCCGGCGGCGGUGGAGUGCCGAUGACGCCGAGCAUUCACAGCGUGUACAGCACCGCGCACCAGACGGCGCUGGCGAACAAUUUGGCCAGCAAGCGGGAAUCGAUCGUGCAGAUGCUCCAGUCGCUGAAGCGGCCAUCGCUCUACUGCAAGGACUACGAAACGCUCCAGUGCGAGGACAUUCCCUGUAACUCGCAGCUCCUCUACGAUUACAGCUCGGUGGAUGCCUGGAUGAACCAUCCCGUGAAGCGGAUGCGACUGGCAGCGGAGGAGAACCGGCUGGUGCGGCAAAUCCGGAAUCUCGAUCUGUACGCCAACGAGCGGACCCGAUUUGGCAGUACGGCGGGCCCCGGCACCGGCUGCAACAGCUUGCUGAUGAAGGGACUGGAAGGCUCCGACCACCGGUUCUCCGAACAUCACAACAGUGGUGGUGCCGGUGGCUGUGACAAUGGCGCUUCCUUGGGCAACAAUGGAUCGUUGCUGGGUGGUGGCGUUUCCGGUGGCGGCGGGUUGCUGCUUGGACAGAUCAAGCUGGAAAUGGGAUGCGACGGGGAUCGUACUGCGAACGGCGGAGGAUCGAACAAUGGAUCGGGAGACGGCGCUGGCACUGGCGUCGGUAGUGGUGAUGCGUUGCUCGGGGAGCACGAGAUCAAGAAGGAGAAGGAAGACAAGGGCGGUGGCUACAGUUUGCUGACGGAUCAAGAUUUGCAGCCUUCCAUCGACGAUCUGAAUCAAAUCUUCGACGACGGUGGACCGUUCAAUGACGAUGCGGACAUGCACAAUACGCCGCCGGGCUCGAACAAGAGCAGCAGUGGCAGCGGUGGGUUCUCGGAGGAAGGCAAACGGUACCCGCACUCGAACCACCACCCGGUCAACACGGGCAUCCUGAGCCCGAAGGAGCUGUCGCAGAUGUUCCCCACACCGCCCAGUCUCGAUCCGCACCCGAACUCGAGUCCCGGCGGUGGCGGUUGCCUUUCGGACGGUGGCAUCGUGAUCGACACGAUGGUUGACUUGCAGAUGUCGCUGACGUCCGUCGGUGGGUUGGGCGGUGGUGCUGCUCAACUCGGCUCGGCCGGUUCGGUGGUCGGUGCGAGCAUCGUGCCGAAUCUGGGCAGCCCGCAGGAGGAACCGAUCGACGAUUGGUCGUUUGUUUUUCUUCCACCGACGAUCUGCUCGUACGUCGGGUCGUCAAAGUACGCCCCGCUGCCAAACCUACCGAGUCAGUUGUCGUCCCAGCCAGCGCCGGUUGGUGGACCUCUUGGCCCCUCGACCAAUCUCGUGUACAAAUCGACGCGCCAGAAGCAGAAAGAAAAGGCAGUGGCCGAGCGAGAGAAGCAGAAGUUGCUGCGUGAGCAGCAAGAACGGGAACAGCACCAGGACCAACAGCAGCAGCAACAGCAGCAGCAGCAAUCUCACUCCCAGGCGGACAGUGCCGGACGUCAUAUGAGCACGCCAAGCGUAGUCCCUGGUGCGCACCACAUAGGCCACCAUCCGCCGGUAGGUGUGGUGGGUUCUGGAUUGGUGGCCGGUUUGAUACCGCUCAUUAAACAGGAAACCUCGCUGACGGUUCCGCAGCCACUAAACACCCCGAACUCGAUGCUGGGCGGACUGGGCGUCCUGAACGGUACCGUGAGCCACCACCCGUACUCGAAUCCGCCCUCACAGGGAACUCAAUCGCAGCCUCACUCGCGGCCACCGUCCGUGAACUCGCUACCGGGCGGAAUCAUGGGAAGUGGCGCCGGAAUGCUGAGCCCUUCCCCAGCCGGCGGCACCGGUGGACUAUUUCAUCCGUCGAUGGGUGGCAUUCCGGUUCCGUUGCGCCAAGGCAUGUCACCGAUUUCACCCGCCACACCCGGUGGGUCGAUGCGUGUCCCGACACCGCAGGGAUCGUGCCCGUUGCCGUACCCAUCGCCACUCGGUGGCGCUGCGGCCGGCAGUCCGAAUCCGAUGAACUUCCGGCGCACGACACCCCUGUUGCCGCCCCCACCGUACGACGUGGCCACCGCCAGUCCGGCCAACUCGAGCGUGCCGACGCCUUCGCCUUACCACAGCAAACAGUUCCAUCUCGACGGCGGUGACGGAAGACCCGGAUCGCGUGGUCCACUCACACCGUCCGGUCCACUGAGCUCAAACGUGGGACCGCUGACGGCGGUGGGGCUCCCGGGAGGGCUGACGGGCAAUAUGGCAUUAAACGGAGAGACGACACAUGCCGGAACCGGAGUGAAUGGUAGCCGAUCGACGACGACGGCCACCACGGUGACGACGAUCGAGACAAACGCGCUGCUCGUCAACAUGCUGCUGUACGAUACGGCACUCAACAUUUUCCGCGAUCACAACUUCAAGAGCUGCACGCUCUGCGUGUGCAAUGCCGGGGCCAAGUGUGUGGGCAAUAUUCGCGGCGCCGACAGUGGCCUGUACCAUGCGCUGCCCGGUACCAACUGGAUGGAUUCCGUGGUGGCCGGCAACGAUGGUAGCGAGGGUUCGGUGACAGGUGGCGGUGGCGGUGGGUCGAAUGCCGGAAAUCGUCUCGCGAAACUGACCGGUGGAUCGUCGGGUGGUAUUUUGGCGCACUUGGGUCUCGGUGGAGGCCACAGUAACAACAAUAACAACAACGCUGCGAAUGGAGGGGCGAUCACGAUCAACACGGACAGUCUGCAGAACGGUUACCUGGACGAGGAUCCGAUCGAUUGCCAGUGUGGGUUCAGUGCGGUCGUUAACCGGCGGAUGGCGCACCGGGCAGGCCUGUUCUUCGAGGACGAAAUGGAGAUCACGGGCAUGGCCGAGGAUCCGUCGGUGCACAAGAAAAGUUCACUGUUCGAGUUCCUCAAUGGCAGCGCUAAGGCCAUCAAGGGAAUCGCCGCAGACAGUGCGGGAACGACGGGUACGGGGACCAGCAGCAGCGCGUUGGCCACGGCCGGCAACAAUAGCAGCAGCAGCAGCUGUGAAAGUUUACCACUAACACUGAAGGUGAUGGAUCUGCUACGGGAACAGUGUUCGAUGGUGCAGAGUUCGAGCAACUCGAUCCACCGGGCGGUCAGCCGAUACCGGGGGCCCCUGUAUGGCCGGGGAGCGGCCGAUGGGGCGACCGUGCAUCUGCUGGAGUACGUCGACGCGAACGAUGUGAUCAGCAUGGCGCUGGAGCAGGGUCGACUGCAGGCAAUCAACGAAAGCAAGAUGGACCUCGACCAUCAGCCAUCGUCGGUGGCCGGCGUUGGAAGUAAUAGCAACAGCAGCAGCAGCGCCGGCGGUGCGUCUUCGUCGUCGACGGCGCUCGUGAAGGGCGGCACGCUGCGGGGCGUGAUGAACGUGCACAAGUGGCCGUUCCUGCGAGCGGGCGGUCCGAAGAGCAAUCAGGACAUUGUGCGGAUGAUGAAGUCGAUGCAACCGCUGCUGCAGGACGCGUUCCACAAGAAGUGCACCACGCGGCUCUGGGACGCUCCGUACACGAUACAGGGGCCGCUGACGUGGCGUCAGUUCCAUCGUCUAGCCGGGCGUGGCACGGGCCAAUGCGAACCGCAGCCCAUCCCGUCGCUCAUCGUGGGCUACGAGAAGGACUGGCUGUCCUUGGCCCCAUACGCCCUGCACUACUGGGACAAGCUGCUCCUCGAACCGUACUCGUACCCGCGGGACGUGGCGUACGUGGCCAUCGUGCCGGACAAUGAUUAUGUGGUGGCGAAGGUGCGCACCUACUUCAAGGAGCUCAGCACGACGUAUGAGAUGUGCAAACUGGGGCGCCACACGCCCAUCAAGGGCUGGGACGGAGUGCUCCGGGUCGGCAGCCAGCGGGUGCUGAAGGAAACGCAAAACUCCAACCUCGACGAGUGGUUCAUCAAUAUGGGCGUCGAUCAGCAGCAGCGAAGAAACGGUGCUACGGGAGGCAACGGUGGGACCGGCCGAGCGGCCUCCGGGGCUUUCGGGUCCACCUCGGCGCUGAACGAACUGCUAAGGUUGUACGCACAAACGUGCCAGCAGCAGUUGGCCCCGUACCUCUCGAAGGUACCGUCGGACAAGAGUCUGCUCGAUCCGCCCGAAAGCCAUCACGCCACGGGUUCGUCGUCUUCGUCGUCGUCCGGAGCUGGCGGCAGUGGUUCUUCGUCGUCAUCACUCGGUCCGGGCGGUAGUGGUAGUGGUGGUAGUGGAGGCAGUGGCGGUGGCUCGAUGACCUCCAACCGGGACGCUGCUCCCGGACAGAGCCCUAUGCCACCGCCACCGCCCAGCACUCCCGAUCCUUCGCAACCGGGAGAUAAAGCACCGAACACCCCGAAGUUCGAUCAUGAUGCAGAAAAUCGCGACCAACUGAACGCCUCGUCGUCGAGCCCUUCGGAAGCGAUGCGGAUCGACGACGACGGAAAAGAUCCGCCGCACAUCGUGCUGUACAUCGUGGAACCGUUCACCUGUGGCAACGAUUCUCCGGACGUGGAGCGGCUCGCGUGUCUGUCGCUGUUGCGCUGCUAUUCGAACAUUCUGAAUGCGGUGCCCGAAUCGAUCCGCAGCAACAUCAGCGUGCAGAUCGUUUCGUUGGAAAGCAUUCUCGAGCUGGGACGCAGCAGGAAUCGGUUGCGACUGAGCGAUCACAUGCGCUGCCUGGCGUUGAGUGUCUUCUCGCAGAGCCGCAAGUAUCUGGCCCACAGUAACACGGUCAAAAGCCUGACCGGGUUCGGCACGGCCGCCAACGCCGAGCAGUUCAUUCGCGGGAAGGAUGACAAGAACCGCGUGCCGUACCGGCUGUACACACCACCGUACGUGCUGGCCAAGUCUUGCGAGAAGAGCGAAAACACGGAAUCGUUCGGCAAAACGAGCAUCAAGCAGCAGUGCUCGAUCAUGUACUGCAGCUACUGCCUGAGCGAGGACCAGAGCUGGCUGCUGGCGGUCGCUACCGACGAUCGGGGCGAGUUCCUCGAGACGGUCACGAUCAACAUCGACAUUCCGAAUCGGGCACGGCGGAAGCGAGCAUCGGCCCGACGCUACGGACUGCAGAAGCUGAUGGACUUCAUCCUGGGACUGAUUUCGCAAACGGUGCAACCGUGGCGGCUAGUCGUGGGCCGAAUCGGGCGCAUCGGGCACGGUGAGCUGAAGGGGUGGAGUUGGUUGCUGAGCAAACCGAACCUGCAGCGGGCCUCGAAGCACCUGAAGGACAUCUGCGAACAGUGCUCGCUGAUGCACCCGAUCUCCGUUCCGAGCAUCCUCAGUGCGUGCCUGGUGACGCUCGAGCCCGAUUCCGAUUUGCGCGUCAUGUCGGACCAGUUUACGCCGGACGAACGGUUCAGCCAGCGAUCGAUGCAAUCGGCCCUCUCGACGCCACAGGAUGCCACCUGCACCCACAUCCUCGUGUUCCCGACGAGCGCCAAGGCACAGUCUGCGCAAGCAUCGUUCAGCGUCAUAGGAGAGCUGGACAUCAACGAGGAUCUCAACAUGGUCAUCAUGGACGGGGACGACGAUGACGAUGGCAUCAACAUGUUGGGUGCCGGCGAUUUGCUCAACUUCUGGGAUGAUUUGCCAAUGCAGCAGAUCAACAUGACGCACUCUCGGCCAGGUAGUCCGUCGCAGUUUGAAGGCAACCAGCAGAGCCCGGGCGAGCGUGGAUCGAACUGUGCCGGGUCACGCGAUGGUUAUGGUUCGCAAGAUUCCGAGGAGGUCGGUGUAGUUUUGCAGCAACCGCUGGCGAUAGGGUACCUGGUGUCGACGGCACCGACGGGUCGCAUGCCGGCGUGGUUCUGGUCCUCGUGCCCGCAUCUCGAGAACGUGUGUCCCGUGUUUCUGCGGACCGCGCUGCACUUGCACAGUCCCACGAUUCUGCAGAACACCGACGACCCGCUGCAGCAGAACCAAUCGUCCACCGAGCAUCCGCUCGACUCCAACAUCACGGCCGACGUGCUGCGGUACGUGCUCGAGGGCUACAACCUGCUGUCCUGGCUGGCGAUGGACUCGAACACGCACGAUCGGCUCUCCUGCUUGCCGAUCCACGUGCAGGUGCUGAUGCAGCUCUAUCACAUGACGGCCGCCCUGGCGUAA